UAAAUAUUUGUAUUGAAGAUCAGCAAUGGGUCUUAGCUCUAGCAAGUCAAAAAAGAAGUAUGAAGUGGAAUCUGCCGCCAGCAAACCCAAUCCAGACCCUGUGAAGGACUCUAACACAAAUGUAAACAAAACACCGGUCGAGGUAAAGCCAAAUGCAGCUCCAGUGAUUGUGAGUGCAGUGCCCAUCCCCGCGUGGAUUAACGAAGCACAAUUUGUGGAAAUUCUCACUCAAACUGUGCCCCAGUUUUCCAAAAUUCACUCAUUUAAUGUAAAGCCCGCUAUGGGAGCUGGCGAGAACUAUGCGACCCUCAUGCUAAGAGUGAAAAUCGAUGUAGAGCUCAAAGAUAAUACCAUCAAACACAGUUCAUUUAUGAUGAAAGUAGCACAUGACACUGCUCAAAUGCAAGAAAUGUUGCAAAUGGCCAAUUUCUUCGAUGUUGAAAAUGAGGUCUACAUUGAUUUAAUACCGAAAUUCGAGGAGCUUUACAAGUCGAAGGGUUUAAAUCUAACCCUUGCACCCCGCGCCUACAGAUUCAAUGAAGGCCUCAAAACCGAGCCCAAACUCAAAAACACCGUUCUCAUGUACGAUCUGGGUCAGGAUGGUUAUAAGAACGCCAAUCGCCUCGAGGGCCUCAACAUAGAACAGACCGAGCUGGUGCUCCGUAAACUUGCUCAAUAUCACGCCGCGAGCGCUGUCUACAAAAGCAUUAAUGGACCAUACACAGAUAGUAUUACGUAUGGCAUGUUUGGUAAAGAUCCUCAGAUAGCUCUAGCUCUGAUGGAGAGUAUGUUUGUGUCCACGCAGAAAAUUUUCCUAAAUAAUCUACAAAACUUUGAAAACUGCGAGCAAUAUCACGAGAAGUUGGAAACAUAUUUUUCGAAAAUAAACAAAGCGUUUAUUGAAAUGGGCAUGCCUAAGCCUGAUGAAUUUAAUGUUAUUAACCAUGGGGAUUGUUGGGUCAACAAUUUUCUCUUCAAAUUUGAUGAGUCUGGAAAGGUGCAUGAUAUGCUUUUUGUGGAUUUCCAAAAUCCCAGAUACGGCCAUCCUUCCCAGGAUCUUUUAUACUUCAUUAUGACCUCAGUGAACAUAAGCUAUAAACUAACUCACUUUGACUAUUUCAUCAAAUACUAUCACGAUCAGCUGGUUGAGCAUCUCAAGCUGCUUGACUACAAGGAGCGUGUGCCCAAGUUGGUGGAGCUGCAAAUAGAGACCUAUAAAUAUGGCAGCUGGGCCAUCAUGCCCUGUUAUAUGGUGCUGCCUGUGGUGCUCCUCGACCCGACGGAGUCGGCCACGUUUGAGAACUUCCUCGGUGACAGUGAGACCGGUGCAAACUUCAAGAAGCUAAUGUACACGAACAAACGAUACAAACGGUACAUUGAACAGAUUCUACCAUGGCUGGAUAAUCGGGGCUUAUUAGAGAUCUACGAACCACCUCAAUCACUCCAAGCUGCAGCUGUGUCAACAACUCCCUCAACUGAGAAAGUCGAGAUAGACUCAAAUAUACCCUCAUGGGUGAGCAAAGACCAUUUCUUAGAGCUGCUCAAAGCAGAACUUCCUGACUUCAAGGAUAUUCGGGAUUUCCGUGUUAAGAAAGCCACCGAAGCGGGGGAUAACUACUCCUCCAUAAUGCUCUCUGUCGAUAUUGAUUAUCAAACAGUUCAUGGUCACACACUGUGUAAAUCUUUCAUGGUGAAAGUUCCACCAGCGAAAAAUGCAGAGAUUCUGGACAUAAUGCUCACAUUCAAGAAAGAAAUAUCCAUGUACACCGAAGUCAUUCCGCAGCUGGAGGAGCUAUACAAGCAGUGCGGACAAUCCGUUGUCUUUGCUCCCAAGAAUUAUAGCCUGCCGAGUGCACCUGACUGCGAUCACAUUAUCUUGCAGAAUCUUCGUCCAGCGGGAUACAAAAACGCAAAUCGCCUGCAAGGACUGAGUGUAAAGGAAACGGAGCAGGUGUUGGCCAAAUUGGCCCUGCUGCAUGCCGCAUCUGCACAGCUCUAUGUAACCAAGGGCCGCUAUGCUGACUGCCUGGAUAAAUCGAUCUACAAAGAAAGCAUGCGUCCCGUAUUUGAAAAUGACAUGUCAAAAGCCUUAAUUGAUUCAAAUGUAAAAGCCAUGCGAAGCUUUAAGGGCAGCGAAGUCUUUGGCGAUAAGGUGGCCAAGAUACUUAACAAUAUUUUCGAUUGUGAAAUGAAAGCAGGCGUAUAUGAUGAAACCCAAUUCAAUUGCCUCAAUCAUGGUGAUUGCUGGACAAACAAUGUGAUGUUCAAAUACGAUGCAGAGGGCGAGAUUACGGACACACUCUUUGUGGACUUCCAGAGAUCAGUAUUCAGCACUCCCGCCUUGGAUUUGUAUUACCUACUACUGUCCUCACCUAGUCUAGAUAUAAAGCUUGAGAAAUUCGACUACUUUAUACGCUACUAUCACACCGAGCUGCAGCGAAAUCUGGAGCUGCUUAAGUAUCCCCGACACAUACCAACGCUCACCGAACUCCACACCAUUCUGCUGAAGAAUCCCUUGAGUGCCGUGACUACAACAGCGUUCAUAAUGCCUGUGGUACUGCUCGAUCCCACCGAAAAUGCGAGCCUUGAUACCAUGAUGCGCACAGAUGAGGAAAGCAAAGAGUUUAAAAAUAAGCUCUAUUGCAGUGACAGAUUUCGUAAACAUGCUGAGGCGAUAUAUCCUUGGCUAAAUAGCAAAGGCCUCUUAGAUCUUGAGUAAAACUUGAUGGGAACGCUUGUGAAUA